UUUUGCCGAUGCUUCAGUCAACUAAAUAAUCGAUUCAUCACGUAAUUAAACAAACUUAAAAGCAAAGUUUGAACUGAACCGACUCCUUGUUCAUUAUUCAUCAGACGAGAGGACUGAUAGGCAGUACAGAUAGAUAUCACAGAUGGACAGCACAAUGCCGUCCAUUAACGACGACAACAGGCCCGAUGGCGACAGCAUACCCCCUUCGCCUUCAUUUAAGGGGAACCUGGAUCGCUUCAUCUAUGACUCUCCGCCCAAGAAAGCCCUCUUCGUGCAGCAGACACAGAGCUUAGGGGCAGGGCGCACGUUGAAGCGAACGUUCUCCAACGACGAUGAGGUGGAGGUGGAUGCCCGCGCUUCCGCAGGCCUGCUCUCGCCGUCGCCGCAAAAGAAAAGUCGAUCUGAACCCUCCUCACCAUCCCGUAGAACCUCCGGCCGCCAAACACCCAAUACCAGCACCACCACAAUCGCUGCUAGCAGAGCUCCCUUCGUAUCAACUCCUAACCUCAGGUCCCCCGUAUCUCCAGUAUGCAACCUCCGCGACACCAUUCCACACAACCUCGUCCUCCUCUUCAUAGGCGUUAACCCAGGCAUCAUGACCGGGCAAACAGGCCAUGUCUACGCCCACCCUUCCAACCUCUACUGGAAACUCCUCUAUUCCUCUGGCAUAACCGAUUACCGCCACCCUCCCUCCGAUACCUACCGGCUACCGGAGCUGUAUAGCGUCGGCAACACGAACAUCGUUGCCAGACCCACGAAGGAUGCUAGCCAACUAUCGAGGAAAGAGAUGGAUGACGGAGUACCGGUGCUGGAGAGGAAAGUGAGAGAGAAGAGGCCAGAGGCUGUUUGUCUUGUUGGCAAGGGCAUUUGGGAGGCGGUGUGGAGGGUUCGGAGGGGGAGGGCGAUUAAGAAGGAGGAGUUUAGGUACGGAUGGCAGGAUGAGGGGGAGAGGAUGGGGAAGACGAAGGGGUGGAAGGGAGCUAGGGUGUUUGUAGCUACGACCACGAGUGGGUUGGCGGCUGGGAUGACCAUGGCGGAGAAGCAGGCCGUGUGGGAUGAGCUGGGUGAGUGGGUGAAGAGGAGGAGGGGUGAGAGGGAGAAAGAAGGGAUUCCGAAGGUGACGGCUGUAGAUGAAGGUGAUGAGGGGGAUUGAUGAUUGCGGGUGUGAUUCUGUGCUCAUUCAUUUGGAAAUAGGGGUUCUUGGUGUUUUGGCUCUAUUUUUAUUUUUAUUUUUCAUAUAUGUUGUGCAGUCCGCUUGGUGACCUUGCUUCUUGAUGGCGUCGUGAAUGUAUGGAGGACAAUUCUCAGUAGGGUGUUUACAAAAUAACAUACAAGGCCUUGUUUUGCUAUAAAGUUAUAUACACAUUCUCAGAAGGAGUAUCAGUCCAGACAUAUGCAAAGCGGAUGCCCCUCAAAAGUAGAAUACCGUUUAUGUCACCCUCCACCUACCGCAAUGCCUUCUCCAUAUCAUGCUAGUUCAUCAUCACCACUACUCGCAUCUUCAGGCAUAUGAAGAGGGAGACCCCUAGUGUCAGUAGUUCCGGCCCCCCCUUGGCCCCUGUCUUCAAACCAACCUUCCAAAUCUACAUGAA